CGCCUCCGCCAUGUUAGGUUGAAGAAUAAAUGUUAUCAGCUGACGAGAGAGGGACGUUGUGACGCGAAACAUUUGUAUUAUUUUAUCCGCGAUCAUCAGCGUCCCCUCGCGUCUUUGUACACUUGUAAUUACUUUAGAAGAAAAAAUGAAUAAUUUCGUGAAUAUGUGGAGAGUGCGGGAGUUGGCGGACAAAGUCACCAAUGUGGUUAUGAACUACACUGAAAUAGAAGCAAAAGUUAGAGAAGCUACUAAUGAUGAAGCCUGGGGUCCUACAGGCGCUCUAAUGCAGGAAAUAGCUCAAGCCACCUUCACUUAUGAACAUUUUCCUGAAGUAAUGCAAAUGCUCUGGAAACGUAUGUUACAAGACAAUAAGAAGAAUUGGCGAAGAACAUAUAAGUCUCUAUUGCUUCUGAACUAUUUAGUCCGGAAUGGAUCUGAAAGAGUUGUAACAGCUGCUAGAGAACAUGUCUAUGAUUUGAGAUCAUUAGAGAAUUACACUUAUGUUGAUGAACUGGGCAAAGAUCAAGGAGUGAACAUCCGUCACAAAGUCCGAGAGUUGAUGGAUUUUGUACAGGAUGAUGAUCGGUUACGUGAAGAGCGCAAAAAGGCAAAAAAAAAUAAAGACAAGUACGUUGGGAUGUCAAGUGGAGCUAUGGGUGGACGAUAUGGAGGAGAUCGAUGGGAAGAGCCACGCUGGAGAAGGGAAGAAUAUGGUGAUUGGGGUGGUGGUGGCAACAGUGAAAGGACUCAAGGCUUUGAAGAAAAGUCCUCUAACAGUGAUGAGGGUGAAAGGUAUGAUUCAGAUCCUGAAAUUAACAGUGCGAGAUCUAGAAAUUAUGAUAAAGAGCGCAGUGGCAAAGAGUACAAAGACAAUGACAGUAUUGGAUCAGGAAGCGCAGUUUCCUCGCCAACAUCGCCAUCAGAGAGAGGCACUACUAAGUCUGCCUCCUCCCCAGUAAAGAAGUCCUCUCAACCCAGCAAAAAGGUGGAUUUAGGAGCAGCUGCACACUUUGCAAAGGCAAAUUCAAGUGCUACUAAACCAAACAACUCAUCAGACUUUCUAUCUGACAUUUUGGGAAAAGAUACACCUUCUUCAUCACAGACAGCUGAUGACUUUUUCAACCCUCGUGGUGAUGCUGAUCCAUCUCCUGGAGAUUCAUCUGAUUUUGGUGAUUUUACUAGUGCAUUUGGUUGUAAUCCUACUGCAGCUUCAACUGAUCCAUCAAAAGUGAAGGAAGGAACUGAUGAGUUUGCCGACUUCAGCUCAGCCUUUUCUAGUUCAUCUGUGCCAAGUGGGACUCCUUUUACUAUUCCUGGGAACGCUGUAUCACCAAGCCAAAAUUUAAACAAUGGGAAUGUUAUCAGCAGCCCAAAUGAAGGGGAUUUUACUAAUUCUGACCUUUUGGGAGGACUCACAAGUGGUUUCUCAUCAUUAACAACUGGUAGCAGCUCAACAAAUGCCACAGUUAUGGUGAAGAAUAACAGCAAUUUAUUGGAUGACACAUUCAGUUCUGAAUGGGAGACUGGUUUGGACGCAGCCAUUGUGAUCCUGCUUGAUGACUUAGCCAAGAAGAAGUCACGUGAUAAACCACUGGAAGACAACUUGCGACGUGUAGCUCAAUAUAUCCCUGGCGUCAUCACAACUCAACGCUUUGAGGGCCUGGAUGAAGCAAGUUAUGUUGUGCAAGAAACCUGGAACAAGCGGUAUCCUGAAUUGAUCAGUGCUCUUACUGCAAGAAUCAGCUCUGACUGGCCCUUGGAUAAUACAGGAACUCUUGACAAAUAUUUUGCCCUGAUAAUUGCUCCUGAUGGUGCUUCACCAUCCAUGUUGUACUACUCAAUGAAGACAUUAGUGCAAUUGUUACAAAACAUACCUCUCUCUCGCCGCAGUGAUGCAGUUAUAGCUUUACUUAUCAAACUAAUUCACAGCUCAGCUGUUUUUUCAUCCACCUUGUUCUGCUGUGUGGAGUUAACCAAGGAGGGUAAUUCUCUUCAGCACCACUUACUGAAGGAUGAGUGGGAAGCUUGCGUGAGAAUGCUUGUAUCCCUUCCAAGUAGAUCUGCAAAUGUUCUUAAACACAAUACCCCUUUAGAAAUCUUGCCUUCUCAGUUUUGCAAAGUCUUGUGCUUUCAUGUUGCUUGUUGUUUAUCUUUUAUUGCAAAUUCUGAUAAAACUGUGAAUAUACUUCCCCUCUCAAUGCUUGUAAAUUGUAUUUUGGUCAAUUUGAAACCACAUUUGAAGGACUCAGGUGUAGUUAUUUUGAUACGUGCUCUCAUAAAAUGGUGUGCAAUGGAUUUAGGAAAGGUUCGAAUGAUUAGUUCUUUAUUGCUGGUCUCCUUGAAUAGGCAAGCCAUUGAGACAAUAAGUGACAUUAUUUUGAAAGAAUGCUAUGAUCUUGGCUGCAAAGCCCAGUAUGUUUUGGGAAAAGCAGUAUUAGAGUCAACAGAUUGGAAAUAUGUUCUUUGUACCAAAAUUCCUUUCCUCAAAUAUUCAGACUACAGAGAUGUCAGAGUGAUCUCUUCUUUGGCUCAGUACUUCAAAGAUUCACCAGACCUAAAAUUGAUUUUAAAAGACAUUGUGACUCGUCUUUUGUCAGUUUGGGGAGACCACAGUGCAUUGGUUCAUACUCCACUUGAGCAACAUAUCUACAUCACACAGGCAUUAGUAAUGUUUACAAUGAGUUUUUCUAGUUCUGCUGAUGAGCAAUUCCCAGUUGUCUCAUUAAAACACCUUUUCAAAGGGGUUCAGAUUCAUCUAGAAUCCCCUGUUACUCAGAUUCGUGCAAUUGGCAUGAUAACUGCUGAGCUACUGUCAAAACAGCUUCUUAUUGAGGCUGUGAAAUUUGACUACAGUGGCAUGGACUCUGAUAGCCUCCAGUUAGUUCAAAUGAUAAGAAAUCUGAAUAUUGAAUUAGGGGAUUGUAGAAGAACUGAAGAAGACGGCAACUCUAUUCUCCUCUCCGUUGCCAAAGACAGUGGUUUUGUACGAAACAACAAAACACAGUACAGUAAACCAGAAUAUGUUAUACCGAUAGAGGUAGAACCACCUGCUUCCUCAUCAAAGAUUCUUUCCACUUGUGAACCCUCAGAGGAAUUGGAUAGUGAUGAUGACUUGGUGCCAUUCGACUUAUCAAACGAUAAAUCAUUGUCAGAUCGUAAGAAACCCAUUUAUCUCCGGGAUAUGCUCGAAGGGCUGUAUGAAGUAGAAGAUAUGGAUCGAUGGUGUGGAAGCCUUAUCGUCUGCGAAGAUCUUGUCACAAACCAAUUACCCGAUGAAGAUGAAUCACUGGCAAUCAACAUUCUUGAAGCACUAGUUGGACUUGAACCUCGAUUUCCCGUUGAAGACUUCAGUGGACUGCAGAUGAAGGGUACUGUUGCUGUCUUAAUCAUCAAACCUACAGUGUGUGCCGAACACCUUUCCAAACUUUUCCAUCAGGGAAGUAGUACAUUCUCUAUUAGGCAGCGAUUAUUUAUGUUACAUGCGAUGACAGAGGCAUCCCUUGCAAUGUGCUCUGCUCCAUCAAGACCAAAACCUAAAGAAAGUGUCAUUGAUCUAAAUGCCCACGAGAGUAAGUUCUCUGGAUGCACUGGGUUUCUGGAAGAAGUUCUUGAUGAAUUUGCUGACCUCAUAACUUUUGAAAAUGAUGCUUUCCCCAAAUUGUGGCAGAAGCAGAUUGACAAAAGAGUAGCUUUAAAGACAAGACGGGUUACCUCAAAAACAAGAGUACCUUUUAAUUUUGUUUCACGAUUUGCCCCUGUAGCAGGAUCUUUUUUCUUCCCACUCAUCAGAGGAAUCACUCAAAACUGUGGCACCAUUGUACUUUUGCAUCAAGAGAGAUCUAAUGUUCAGGAUGAUACUGUAAUUCUUCUCAGGUUUAUUUUAACUCUCUCUGUUAUUAUGCAAUGCUCUGAAAAUGCUCCUGUAGCUGCUCGUAUGGGUGCAGAACUGCUUGAAUUUGUCUGGAGUGUUAGGUACCAUACUGAAGCCAGUAUUCGACUGGCAGCUAUUGGAUGUGUAUUGAGUGUAGUGUAUGCUGUGCCACAGUCUCGUUUACAAGGUGACUUAAGACACGCUGUUCUUGAUGCCAGAGAGUGGCUGCAGAGUAUUGCAUGUGGACCUAUUGGUGUUCAAGACAUUGAUUCAAAAUGUCGAGAACUUGCUAGAAAAGUUGGAACUUUGACUGAUGUUGCUCUUACUUCACAUAGUUCAUGAUAAUACUUUCUUGCUGUAAUAUUUCCUGAAAUCCUGUUAUUUUGUAUCUCAUUAUCAUUUCAAUAAAUAUCUCAUGAAAAUUAA